AUGAAGAAGUUCCGGCAGGGGGAGAGCCAGAGGCUGGCUGUCGCUCAGGAACAGUCCGCGGAGGCAGCGCUGUCCGCGUCUCCGGCGCCAGUGGCGGCUGCUGUGCUGGCGGCGGUGAUGGCUGCUGCAGCGGGGGAACAGAACGAAGCCCCGACCGAGGGGGUCGGGACGGCUGCCGCUGUGUGCGCCGGAACGCCUGCUGCUGCCGUGGGCGCAGACACGCAGGGGCACGCCCAGGUGGCGAACGAUAGACGGGGUCGCGGGAACGGCGAGAGUGCCCCCGCCGCUCGCGGGAAGGGGGGGAAGAAGUUUCGAGCCCAGCCAGCGCCGAGACGGCCCGGAGCAGGGCUGGGACCUGGCGCCCCGGGACCCCUAAUGGGUUGGCUUCUGCAAGGGCAACUGCCACAAGUGCCAGCGCGUCAGCCGCCAUCACAGGGAGAGGGGCCACCACCGAGACCCACGGAGCAGGCGGAUCCGCAGACAGCGGCGCCAAGGCCGCGGAGGUUCCAAUCCACUGAGGCAGCACCGGAAACAGCGGCCCCGACGUUAGCAGAAGGCACGGGUACAGGAACGGGAGCUGCUGCACAGGGGACGAGGCGCUCCGCGAGAAUCGGUGCGAUAACCUGGGGACUGCCACGUGGCGGAUGUACACCCUGGAUGCCAGCAGGACGCGGCGGGAUCGCGGCCCCAGGCAACAAUGGGGGCACUGUAGCGGCAAAUGCGGUUGGCACGACGCGGGCACAGGCAGGGGGUACACGCGGGGGUUUUCGAGGGGGGCGGGGGAGAGGGCGCAACCCGCUAGGCAGAACGGAGAUCCCAGCGAGAACCGGCCCUUGGCGGGAACGCCACGACCGACCAGAACCUGUGGCUACUAUUGCACCAGCGAACGAGGAGCGAGCAGUAUCUGAUAAUGCAGUCUCAGACCCUGAGUUUAUGGGCGAGGAGGAAGCUGAGUCUGAAGAAAUCUCGUUGGACGAGGAGCCAGUUUCAGGAAGAAACAACCGAGCCAGAACGGGGGGAGAGGGAGCAGCUCCAACCGCACAGAAUGGGGAAGAGCCUGGCGAGGCUGCCACAGAGGAUACGGAUGUCCCGUCACCAUCCGACUUGGCAGAAACGGACGAAAUUUGGCAGGUGGCAGGGGAGUGGAACGUGGACAUCCUCCAGAGGGGAGAGCAGCCGUUCCUCGUGCGACGAUUACCACCGCAGAUCCUAGACCGAUACUGCUUGUGUCUCUUGGCCACACUCUUCCGUCUGCGGAAAUUCCCCGCUUGCCCAGGUGGCUGGAAGAUUCUUCACUUCCUACCUAGACUUACCCUUAGACCUGCACAAGAGCCAGUCACAGGAAGCCGCUGGGCAUGCAUUGAGGCCCGCCUCCACAAGUUCCAGCGUGGCGAUUGGGCUGACCUCUUCGAGGAGGCAGGGGUCAUUCCCGCCACAGAAGGCCCGAGAAGCCUCACGGUGGAGUAA